CUCCUUCUCCCCCACCCCUCCUCCGCCGUUCCGUUUCAUAGGCGGGGCAAGUUCGUGAGCGGCAAGAACCAUCGCAAGAGCAUAGCCCCCUAUGUCAUCGAUCCAAGAGUUCAUGUUCCAGGACGAGCUCGCCUCGCUCUUCACGCAGCGCCCGGGACCGGGGAUGCACCAGCAGCAGCAGGACUCCUGGUUCGCCGACUUCAUGCACAUGGAUCACGGCCAGCUGUGCUGGGAGCAGGAGAUACCGCUGUCGGCGGAGGACUUCAUCAAGCGGGAGCCGGUGGUGGAAACCGCAGGCGGCGACGGCGGCGCCCGCACGCCCAGCGCCGGCGGCGGGACGCCCAACGCCACGUCGUCCAUGUCGUCCUCGUCCAGCGAGGCCGGCGGGGGAGCUGCCGGAGCUGGCGCGGGGGAGGGAGACUCGGCGGGCCGGUGCAAGAAGGAGGAGGGCCAUGGGGACGACGGCAAGGGGGACGACGACGAUGAGGGUGACAAGGCCAAGAAAGGGGCGGGCGCCAAGGGAGGCAAGGCUGGCAAGGGAGAGAAGCGGCCGCGUCAGCCGCGAUUCGCCUUCAUGACCAAGAGCGAGGUCGACCACCUCGAGGACGGCUAUCGCUGGCGCAAGUACGGCCAGAAGGCCGUCAAGAACAGCCCAUAUCCAAGGAGCUACUACCGGUGCACGACGCAGAAGUGCGUGGUGAAGAAGCGGGUGGAGCGGUCGUUCCAAGAUCCGGCGGUGGUGAUCACCACGUACGAGGGCAAGCACACGCACCCCAUCCCCUCCGCGCUCCGCGGCAGCACGCACCUCCUCGCCGCGCAGGCCGCGCACCUGCACCACCAGCACCAUGGCGGCCACCUCGGCAUGCUGCAGCACAUGGGCGGCGCCGCGGCGGGCUCACUGUUCGGGCGGAGUGGCGGCAUCGACGUGCUCGGCGGCCUCCUGCAGCAGCAGCAGCAGCGCGCCAACCACGGCAUGAUCGCAUCGACGCAGGGUCUGGCCGCCGGCACGAUCGGCAGCGGGGGGAGCGCCACGGCGGCGGCGGCGGCCGCGUCGUCUCCUCCGUCGCUCCAGAUGCAGCACUUCAUGGCGCCAGACUUUGGGCUCCUGCAGGACAUGAUGCCAUCCUUCAUCCACGGCGCCGGCGGCAACAACAACAAUAUCCACCCCUCGUCACCGUAUGGGAAGCUUCACUAAUUAGAUCGAUAGCUAAGCUAGCUAGAGAUAAGAUUUGGUUGGUUCUUGCAGUUCAAUUAACACCCCCGACCGAAUUUAUCUUGUUUUCCUUGGUUAUUUCCGCUUGUUUCCGGUUCUUGAUUUGUUUCCUCACAAUCGAUCCCGUGAUGCGAGAUGGUACACAGAAUGAGUUUUUCUGGGUCGUCUCGCAUCAUUCCGAUGGAUCUAG